UCGGUGUGGACGCUGCAGAUCGCGGCGGAUCUUCAGACCCGGAGGCAGCAGCUGCAUCUCCUCUUCCUCCUUCUCCUCUUUCUCCUUCCACCGGACAGCCAGACAUCGACUAGCCGGUCCGCGGGGCCACAUACCCGGCGGGGACACGUGCAACAUGCCCGCUGAGCAGCUCCACCCGGGCCCGGUGUCGGUUUUUCCACUUCUGGGAGGAUUUACGCGGACGAGCGGACGGAGACUCCCGGUGGAUGCGAGGCGCAGAGAGCUGUAAGUUGGAGGCGGAAAACUGGAAAACUUCCCACCCGGAGCAGAUUUUGUGUUUCGAUGAACAUGCUGUGGUGGAGGGGAUCCCCCCGGGCAUCUGCUGCUGCCGCCGGCCGCCGCUGCGCACCGUGACGCGCCGGGGAGCGCGGCGAGGACCCCGGCAGUUUCACCCGGAGGGUCCGGGGAGGGAAAAGAAAAACCUCACUGCUGCUUAAACAGAUCUCCUCCACUGUGGAUUUGUCACUUCAGGCUCGUGCGUGGUUUUAUAUCCCGGAGAUGCCACCUGUCUCUGGUCUCCGUCCUGCUCUGGGUCGGACCGGGAUGGAUGUGGCGCAGUGAGGAGGCACCAGCCUGCGGAUAAUCACAGUUUGGACUUUCUGGCUUCCCGUGCGGCUCGCGGCUCUCCCUCAUGCAGCUCCUCCGGCUGGCCUGGGCUCUGACUGCCGCUGCGGUCUGCUUCCUGCUCCUCCUGCUCCUCCACAACCAGAUCCUGAGAGAAGGUCAGCUGGCGGCAGGGACCUGUGAGAUCGUCACUCUGGACCGGGACAGCAGCCAACCGAGGAGGACCAUCGCCCGACAGACGGCCCGCUGUGCCUGCAGGAAGGGACAGAUUGCCGGGACGACACGAGCCAGACCGGCGUGCGUUGACGUUCGUAUCGUGUGGGCUCGACAGUGGUGUGAGAUGUCUCCGUGUUUGGACGAUGAAGGAUGUGAUCUCCUGGUCAAUCAGUCGGGCUGGACCUGCACGCAACCAGGAGGCCGAGUCAAGACCACCACGGUCUCCUGACAGCGGCGGCGAGGACAAACGCUCCCCAGAGAGAGACUGGUUCCCAUCGUCCAUCGCCCAUCAUCGCCAAGCGGAGCAUCCACUGCUGCCAAUGCUGCUGAUGAACCAGUCAUCAGCCACUAUCAGAGCUGAAGGGCGGGCGGGGGUAUUGUCACUUCCUGCGUCAUGCUUGAGCGACCUGUGGAAACUGCAGCCUGAAGUUCUUCUUUCUUUCUGGGAAUAAAGUCUUUAUUUACCAAGAGAUCUGAAAACAGCGGACGAGCUGCUGGAUGGAUUUCCUUUUGUUUGGCACAAAAACUCUGUUUCGUUUUUACAGACCAAAGAUGAACAGAGACGACGAUGAGACGUUUUUAGACACACGAACCAUAGCUAUGUAAAGAAACAAACACAUUGUGAUAUUAUACAGUAAGUGACUUAACUGAGCAAAGUAAAAAUUGUAUAUGAGUUCAUGAUAAAAACAUGUAUCUGUAUGAGGAGAGCUGUUCAUGUUUCUGUCGGGACAGUUCAGACGUUCAUGUGCUGAACAUCAUUCAGGUGGAGAAGGUGGAAAGUCACUUCAGACGUUUUUAUGAUGAGAACAUUAAACUUUGUGCACUUUUAGCAGAAACCUAAAGACACAACUUAGAGAUUAGAGGCGGUCUUAGAAAAGCAGGGUGAUGGAAUGUAACUCAGUACAUUUACUCUUAGAGAAACUGUGGUAUUUUUCAACCUGGUCCUAAUUUUCCCAUAUUUGACUUAAGGCCCAGAUACACCAAACCAACUUCAACAACUAGUGGUAAAAAAAGUUGGCUGUUGAGUAGCUUCACGUCACCCGUGUCUCGGCCAACAAGUUGCACAUGAACACACCGCAAAGACUACAGCUGACAGCCAACCAGCACGUACGUUCUGCGUCUGCGUGAGAGGAAAUAACUCUCCACACUAGCAGACGGCAAUAGCCUGUGUUCAUCAUUCAAAAAGGGGAAACAGGAAGACUGUCGUGAGGCUAGUUAGCCAGUUAGCACAUUAACAACACAAUCCAGUGCUGACAGAACAGAGCAUAUUUACUGUGCGCCAGUGAGCGAUAACACAAACCAUCAGGAAACGUUUCUGCUGAAGAGCUCAAUGGAUAAAGAAAAAUAAAGCAAGUUUGUUUUGGUCUCACUCGCUCUUGACUUUAGCUCUUUGUUUACUUUCCUCACUUCCGUUUCUGUUCCAGUAAACUGAGCUGACUGCCAGUCAGAGUGAUUCAUUCACCGAUGGGCUCCACUGUCGCUGAAGCCAAUUUAACAAGUUAAAUUUGCAAAAGAAAAAACCAACGGGGGACGGCACGGUGGUAUGGUGGUUAGCAUAAGCGUAAGAGGGUUGCCAGUUCGAUCCCGGGCGUCUGUGUGGAGUUUGCAUGUUCUCCCUGUGUCAGCGUGGGUUCUCUCCGGGCACUCCGGCUUCCUCCCACAGUCCAAAGACAUGCAGGUUAAUUGGUGACUCUAAAUUGUCCGUAGGUGUGAAUGUGAGUGUGAAUGGUUGUUUGUCUCUAUGUGUCAGCCCUGCGAUAGUCUGGCGACCUUUCCAGGGUGUACCCUGCCCUCCCCCGCGACCCUCAAGAGGAUGAAGCGGUUAGAAGAUGAAUGAAUGAAUGAAAAACCAACGGGGGUUGACAAGGGCAACAGUCACACUACACCAACUAGGGAGACAAAAGCUCACCGAAGGCCCAACACUGACCGUCAGCUUGGUGUGUCAGGGCCUCCAUGGAGACAAUUAUCUGUGAAAUAGCUCGGGCGUUUGUCAAAGUCAAUGUACGCAUAUUAGAAGUGUUUGUCUUUGCCACUAACAUUUCUCCAGCGAGAUAGUCGCCAAGUUGGCAACACUGGCAUGGAGUCCAGUGAAAAUGAGAUGGUGAUUUCUUUUUUUUAUCUGGUUACUCAUUCAGUUUUGUUUUUUUCAAACGCAGUUGAUCAGGUUGUUUGAACCGAGGGGUCCAUGUCAUUGGUCCGACGUCCCAUUAGUCCGACGGUCCACGGUGCUGAACGGCUCCCGGCGGGCGUAUUUCUACCUUGAUGGUGCGCCUCAACCAGCUCUGGAUCAGUUCCCGAACCGAGACGGAUAGUAUUUUGUGUCGGGGCAUCAUCGCAUUGUGCUUGAAGACAGGCAAGAAUUAGCAUGUUCGCAACAAUGUGAAAAUAGGGUCCAGGUUGAAAAACACCAAAGUUUCCCUUUAUAUACACAUUUAAUGUACUCCUGGUGGACAUAUUACACAUCGACGUCCAACUAUAUUAUAUUCUUGGAGACGUUUGGUAUCAGUGUGCAAAGUUUCCACCUUUCAUCAUGAAAACUGCAGAAUUCUGAAUGACUUCCGUCUCGUCUCCUCCACACUACAUUAUGCAUUCAGUCAGAUUUCACAUUCUCCAGUGCCACGUGCAGUCAGCAUGGUAGGUUUUAAUCAAACAAGAGGCAAACCAUUUCACACUAGAAUUAUGUCUGUUUGGGGGAGAGAAGCAUUAAAUGUAUUUUCAAAAGCCUAAAGUUCUAUAUUUAACAGUUUUAUAUGUUGUAUCUUUGUAGAGAACUUUAUUUAACACAUCGCUGCUGUUUAAAGCUCGCUCUCGGUUUCUGACGGUCAAACUGUUUCUCAGCAGGAGGGAGGAAGACUUUUCAUACCACUUUCUCAUCAGUCAACCUUUAUGAAGCAUUUAUAAGUUGUAACCAAUGGUUUUAUUACUUGUUAAUCAUUAAUGAAGUAUUAAUAUCUAAACUUAUGGUUCCCUAGUUAGUGAAAAAUUGCUUUGGGUGUUUAUGUCUGCAGUUUUUCUUCUUAUAAUAAUCCAUCAAGCCUGCAGCUGAAAAUGUGAUGAAGUUAUUCACUGUAUAUAAAGAGAAUGUCAGAGAGCUGAAUUAAAGAGCUAAUAAGACAAAUGAAGUGUCCUGAUGGUGGAGGGAUUAGCAUUAAUAAGUAAUUAGUUAGCAAUAAAGUCAUCAGUUACAACUUCAAAAUCUUUUUUAAUGAGAAAGUGGUGUUGAGUUUUCUUCAGUUAUUGUAGGUUAUGUACACCAAAUCCCAGAAUGCAAUGUGUCUGUAGGUCAUUGCGUUAUUUACUCAUGUCAGUCUCCAUCAGCUGGAGGAGGUGAACUCACCGUCUGUGUUUUCUCUGCCAGUAUGAACCAUAUUUUUCAUUAAACAGAA